CGCCAUGGAGCCCGACUCGGUGAUUGAGGACAAGACCAUCGAGCUCAUGAUAAGUAAUGGAACAUCAUCUGUGAUCGUCUCCAGAAAGAGGCCAUCAGAAGGAAACUAUCAAAAAGAAAAAGACUUGUGUAUUAAAUAUUUUGACCAGUGGUCUGAAUCAGAUCAAGUGGAAUUUGUGGAACAUCUUAUUUCACGAAUGUGUCACUAUCAGCAUGGACAUAUUAACUCUUACCUGAAGCCCAUGUUGCAGCGGGACUCUAUUACCGCUUUACCAGAGCAAGGCUUAGAUCACAUAGCAGAAAACAUUCUUUCCUACCUGGAUGCCAGGUCUCUGUGUGCAGCAGAGCUGGUUUGUAAAGAAUGGCAACGAGUGAUCUCAGAAGGAAUGCUUUGGAAGAAGCUGAUUGAAUGAAUGGU